AUGUCUAGGCCUGUUGAGAGAAUAGAAGAUAUCAACGAUGGAAAAGAGCUUUGGAAGAGUGUUGUUAGGAUUCAUCACAGAUGGAAUGUUGUGUAUAACAACAAGGAACAUUUUGAAAUGAUCUUUGUUGACAACAUUGGUGAUUACCCUGGAGAUGAUAUUCAUGUUGUUGUUCCAGCACCACAUGUGUCGGUGUUCACCGAAAAAUGCCUAUUAGGGCAUACUUAUACUAUAUCUAAUUUUAAGGUGGUGCCUUAUGUUCUGGCGUUCAAGGCAUCAGGACACAAAUAUAUGCCGUGUGAAAUUAAUAUAUUUUUUUCAUAUGUCGUUGGAAUGGUCAAUAGUAUUGGUUAUGCACAGACUGAGUCUGGCGCCAAGAAGCAGCAAAUUAGCAUGGUGUUGCGUGACCACAGCAACAACAUGUUGAACUGUACUCUGUGGGAAUCAUAUGCGGAUCAGUUCAUCAGGUUUAACAUAGAUAGGGUUGCUGCAUCACUUCCUAUAGUUGUGUUGCUUCAGUAUGCCAAAGUGAAAGAAGAAGGAAAGUAUACUCUUUUUGUGACAAACACCUACAAUGUGGCCCUUUUAUGUGUUGAUGCUGAUUUUCCUGUCAUGAAAGACUUUAUUGAUAGAAUGCCUGAGGAGAGCAGGGUAACCCUGUCUGAUCAACUCGGAGGGAAUUCCCAAUUAUCCUCCCAGAAUUCUGAAAAUCAACAGCUGACUCCCGUGCAAAAAUUGCUCUCCAAGGCUGUUGUUUUACCUAUUGCUGAGAUUAUUCAACUUAAGGAUAUUAGAUUUUGUGCUACUGUCGCUACAACAAAAUUAUUAGUCGUGUCUCCAUUUGGAUGGUACUAUCGUGCCUGUCAUAUGUGUCAAUCUAUAGCGCGUGGCAACAACCCCCCAUUUGAGUGUGAAGCUGGUCAUGAAAUCAUGGCCGAAGUCUUUAGGUAUAAGAUUGAGAUUGAGGUUACUCAUGGGUGUAAAAGCUGCAAUUUUGUGUUCUGGAACAGAGAAUGUGAAAUGCAGGAUGGAAUUACUGAUCCAUUGGACUUCCCGUUAGCACUUGAUCAGUUGUUGAAGUUGGAAAUGGCUAUGAAGCAACUUAAGGAAAAGUGGGGAACAAAUGAGGAACCUAAUCCAAUCCAAAUUGUAAUACCUGAGACUCUGGAGGACUUGGAAAUUACAUCUGAUCACAAGCCUGAUGCUGUCACACCUGCUGGUAAGAGUCAUUUUCCUGGUGCAUCAAGUGAAUCCACUAAUUUGGACGGAUUAUAUGUUGGAGAACUGUCAUCAAACAAGCUUAAGAAGAUAAUUAAAAUGGAGAAGAUUGAUUAG